AUGUUAACACACCAGGAUAAAGACCCAAUAAUUAAAUGUAAAUACUGCACAGCUAAAUUUACUACACAGGAAGAAUAUAAGCAACAUACAUUAGACUAUCAUGCUGAAGAUAUGGAUGAGGAUUAUCCUAUAUUACCAAGGAAAAGUUAUAAAAAGUCUAUAAGCAAAACAGAUUCUGGUGCUGAAGAGGAAAAGGAGAAAGAGCGCACUCCACGAGAGCGAAAUAAACAUCACAAAUGCCCAUAUUGUGAAGUAGUAUGCAAAUCAGCUAUGAAGCUUAAAGAACAUAAACGGACACAUGUUGGAGAAAAACCUUUUGUUUGCCACAUUUGUCAAAAACCAUUCAAACAAACUGUGUCCUUGGAGUCUCAUAUCAGGAGGCAUGCUGAAGAUAAGUCUUUGCAAUGUGAUCAUUGCCAAAAAAUUUGUGCUUCAAAGUCUGAUCUCAAUAGGCACAUUAAAACAGAUCAUAGCGAUGUAAAACAUUUUGAAUGCGCAAUUUGCAAUAAAGAAUUUCCUACCAAACUAAAGCUUGACAAACAUGUGUUGAAACAUGAAAAGGAAGAUGAAGAAUUAUCUCAGACAUCAAAGGAAGGUAAAGAAAAGAAAAUACCUUCUACAAAGGAUUUAUUCAAAAGCAUAGCACCUAUCACUUCUACAUACUGGUCUGAUUCAUAUUCAGAUUAA